AAAGGCAUUUUUAGAAGAACAAGAACACCUUGAUUCAGAUAACGUGUUUCUUUAUCACAAUUUUGACGACUGCAAAGAGGACGAUGUACAUAGAGCAGAAGAGUCCUGGUCAUUAAAGAUUAACCGAUUUGCUAAAGGUGAAGCAAGUGACAACAAAGUUAAGUAUAAAAUAUUGCUCGAUAGGCUUAUUUCAAGCUAUGAAAAUCAAGUAUAUCUAUAUCUAGACAACGUCGACAUGCUGAAGAAAUGGGAUAAACUAGCGGAGUUGUUAGAGCUGGUAAAGGAUUCCGUAGCAACACACGAUACUCUCAAAGUGAUUUUCUCAACGUCAACACAAGUUCCAGAAAUAACGAACGGACUAGUUGUUGUCAAAGUUCCGGUAUUACCAAUAGAACAUAUCAGUUCGCUUAUAACCAAUGUGUGUGUCUCCAAACAAGUAAACGUAGAUGAAUCUCAGAAACUGUACAUUCCACUAAUAGGAACAUUAUGUGACGGAAUACCUUACAUUGCGACAACAGCAGGAAGCAUCUUAUCAGAAAACCAAGGUUUGAUAUUGCCAUCUGAGCUUCUCGAGUUAAUGAUAGCUCAAAGGCUGGAAGUUCUCAGUCCGACCAACUAUCCGACGUCGAACAGAUUUGUUGCUUUGACCGGCCCAAUCAGCGAAAGUUCCCUAAAUAUCGAGGUCAGAGACUUCUUGUCUAAUUUAGCACAAAAAUUAAGGUCCACUUUUACGGAAGAUGAAGCUGUACAAUGUAAUGAUGAUACACGCGAUACCGCUGCUAUGGUCAAGAAUUCUAAACUCCGCCCGCUGUUGAUAUGUUGCAUUCUCGCCAAGGACAAAAAGCUUUGCUUACCCACGGUCUUCAAAGAAUGCAAACUUGUUGUAGACAAAAAUUUGGCGCAAGAAAACCACGGAGAAAACGCUGAAGAGGUAAAACGUUUGGAAGAUUGCAGACUGAAUUUAACCAGAGAGAAUCUUACAAGAUUAAAUUUGACAAUCACAGACAGGCAACUGGAAAACCCAAAAGAAGUUGAGAAAAUAAUCAAGAGUCUUAUGGACACAGCAAAGAGAGAACCAGAGGAAAACUUUGAUUCGUUCGGAAGUAAAAUCCUCGAGGAAUUGGGCUUAGACUGCAACUUCUUUGGAAUCCCAGACGUACAAACGCCAGACGGAAAACCCGAGCCCACCGUAGCAUACGGUGGUAGUGGCUCUGGACUAGAAUUCGUUCAACUUCGGAAAGAUGCAUUCAGAAAAGAGUUUUUCGGGAACGAUACUUCCUCAUUAGGAAGUUUAAAUUACGACCAAUUCAGUUAUGCUUACAAAGACCUAUCGGAAAAUCAUAUCAAUAUGAAAUCAGACGAUAUCGUUAGUCAGAAAGAUUUGUUAAGCAAUGGUCCUCAUGCAUUAGAUGUAGAUCCGGAUUACAAAGGUAAUGAAACACUGGAAAGUAUACAUUCUGAAUCUUAUACCUGUAAAAAAGAAACUGUGGCACUAUACGAUCACGAUAUCAAUAAAAUACUUCUACUGAACGAUAACAAAAACACACCAAAGGUCAGAGGUGAACAAAUGCCUUUGCAAUCCAGCGGCCCUAAUGGCAUUAUGUAUGUAAACAACGCAGCAGAAGAAAUAAAAUUACAUCCACAGAUUUCAGAGGAGGACAGCGGGAUUGAGCACGGUAGUGACGUUCAUAUGAGGCGGACAACUGAUUAAUGACAAACACGUUUAUAAGGCUUGCUAGCUGUUGCGAAUUCACUUGGCGCGUACGUUUACAAGGCAGCAUGUUAAUUUGCACCAUACGUCUCUCUUAUAUGUUGUUUUUUAAAUUGCGAAUGCAUAACGUACAUUUAAACUUUAAGUAAGACGAAAGUAAAGUAAGUAUGGUGAAAAGACGGGUUUAACUUGUUUGACGUUGUCCAAGUGUAGUAACAGGUUUAUAGACAAAGAGAAAAACCCCAUCUCCCCGAUAAACAUCAGACUUGCCGGCAGUUGCCACGUAUUAAAUACUUAUAAUAGUUAUUAUUUUACUCAUUCAAUUAUGCAGGGCUUUCGUUUAUUGUCCUAUACAAUUACUCACAGCGAUAUAAUUCUGCAGAAUCUCAAUACCAUAAACAUUAAUACUCAUUUAAGUUGUGUAUGUUAGAAAUAGUUGUGUGUCAAAGUGUAUUUUUUAAAAGUUAGAACCACAUUUAAUGUAAUGUAACUAUAACCAAAUGUGAAUGUUAUUACAACCACAUGUAAAUGUAAUUACGAUGAAUGCAUUAGUACACUGAUUACAAUUACGUUUUGUUGGAAACGUAAUAUGAUAUAUAUGCAAUAAAUCUGUUUUUUAUUA